GAUCACUCUACUCAUUCAAGUCAUUUUGAUCUGAGGUUCAGUUACACCUGAAGAGGCGACAGGGGAUCUUGCUCUCGGAGCCAAAACUGCCCAGUCUUCUACAUUCACUUUCCUUGGAUCGGCUAAACAUGCUGUAGAUGGAAACCGUAAUUCCAAUUAUUUGCAUGGGUCAUGCACUCAUACUAACCUUGAGAAUAAUCCAUGGUGGAGAGUGGAUUUGAUGGGUGUCUACCGGAUAUCCAGGGUUACCAUCACGAAUCGUGGAGACUGUUGUGGACAGUGGCUAUCUGGUGCUCAGAUCCGUAUUGGCAACAGCCUGCAUAGCAACGGCAACAACAAUAUGCUUGCUGCAACAGUUUGGUCCAUCCCAAAUGGAGGCACAGAAACAUAUACAUUUAAGCCUAUUAAGGGACGAUAUGUCAACAUUGUUCUACCUGGGCGUCUUAGAAUUCUCAUUUUGUGUGAGGUUGAAGUAUUUCGCAGCUGAAGUGGGAUGAGAUGAAGAUGAAGCACCACAGUCAACUGAGAUCCUAGAAGGGGAAAAAGAAACAAACCUAGAAACAAAAAAAAAAAACACGUACAAUACUUUUCAGGCUAUGUAAAGUGCAUUACAUAUAUCUGUUGAAAAUGCAAUUUUUAUGCUGAAGAGCUGUUGCAUUAUAGUAUGUGUUGUUUUUCAGUACUAAAUAAAUGUGAGUGAUCUUG